AUGCCCCUCCAUCGCAUUUACGCUCCACCGGGGCUCUUCAGCAAAGAUGAAAAGCGAGAGCUGGUCAGCAGCAUUGCUGAUAUGUACAUCGGCGUUGGACUACCUGCCUUCCUCGUUAUCACACUCUUCUGCCCCAUCGACGGCGAGGAGGACUUCUUCAUCGGCAAGCAGAGCCAUGCCGAAAGAGCUCAAAGUCAAGGCAAGCCUUUCGUCCGAGUGGUUUCGCAACAUCUUGCGCGUACAGUCGAUGGGAAAGAACGCAGGCUGUCCCUAAUCCAACGACUCGAAGAUAGGUUCCGAGGUGUGUUCGAGGCCAAAAAUUGCGAAUGGGAGAUCCACAUCGAAGAGCCACCGGCCGACCUCUGGCACCUGAACGGGCUCAGCUACCCGGCACCAGGUACUGAAGCCGAGGCCCAAUGGAAAGCGGCCGACAAAUCAGUGCCGUACGAGGGUCCAACGAUCGCAGAUCAUCUCGCUCAAAAGUAUGCCGCCUCCUCGUAA